CUCACCCAGGUUUGUAAGUUGAAAAUCAAUAGCUUCGGUGGAGGGGGACACGUGUCCGUGUCAGAGAGGAACGUGUGCCGCCUAGGGUCACAAUUUUAGUCUGGAGAACCCGGACAGCUCCUCAGAGGGCUUCAAGGAGCAGAGCCUCUCUCUAGAAGCCACAAGGGUGCGCCUUCUGAGGAGCACAGGUCAUGGCCCGUAAGUACUUCUACUUCGACUACGACUACUAUGGGGUGAGCUUCUAUGAGGAAGAAAUCACUACUGAACCCCAGGAAAGGGUGGCCUACACAGCAAACAAGGGCGGCUUUACCGACGAAGUAACAGACCUCCUGAAAGAGCUGUUAUAUCAGGGCGGUCGGAGCACUAUAGUCGAACAUAGUUACCGAGGUUGUGACAUGAGUAACAUUCAGGACACUGAGCACGAACCAGAGGAGACCAGGAACGCGGAUGAGACCAGUGAGCAGUUAUUAUUCAGGAUUCCUCGGAAACCAUACAAAUUCACGCCUGGACAGCUGUGGGAAAUGCAGGCAGUGUUCGAAGAAACUCAGUACCCAGAUGCCUUCAGACGAAAAGAGCUGGCAGAGCUCAUGAAUGUGGAUGAACAGAAAGUAAAGGAUUGGUUCAACAAUAAGAGAGCUAAACUUAGGAAGAUUCAGAGGGAAAUACUAAAGGGAAAGAUAAUCACUCCUACCCAGGACGAACUUCGCAUGAAGACUUUGGUGGAGUCCAAGAAUGUCAUCAUUUUCCAGGAGCAAGUGGGGGAUGGGCUCUUCUGGGAUCACCAGAACUUUGACACCCGUGCUGUCCAGGACAGCCCUAUCUCCCUUCUCUUUCUUUAGCAAUAGAGUACAGCAUUAUCCCUUU